AUGUUCCUCCAACGCACAGCCUUCGCCCUUGCGCGGCGCGCUCCCAUCAGGGCCGUCGCUGCCCGCCCUUUCUCCUCCUCCGUCAUCCGCUGCGAAAUCAAGACCGAGGAGGACCUCGUCCCCCCCGGUGCUAAGGCCGGUUCCGUUCCCUCCGACCUCGAGCAGGCCACUGGUCUCGAGCGUCUUGAACUCGUCGGAAAGAUGCAGGGCAUUGACAUCUUCGACAUGAGGCCUCUCGAUGCCUCCCGGAAGGGAACUCUCGAGAACCCCAUCAUCGUCAACGGUGCUGGUGACGAGCAGUACGCUGGUUGCACUGGUUUCCCUGCUGACUCCCACACCGUCAACUGGCUGACCGUCUCUCGUGACCGCCCCAUCGAGCGCUGCGGCGAGUGCGGCAACGUCGUCAAGCUGAACUACAUCGGACCCUUGGAGGACGCCCAUGACCACGAUCACGGCCACGGCCACGGCCACCCCGCUCCCGAGGAGCCCAAGACUUUCGCCGACUACGUCAAGCCUGAGUACUGGUACCGGUAG